AUGUUUUCAUCCAGUAGAGGGAUCAGUCGAAGACUCAAGCCCCUCAGAGGCUGGAUCAGACCAUUCCAAGCUGCAGUGCUUUUAUGGCACUGUGGAUCUUUAGCGGAAUCUUAUCCUCCAGAAGAACUCAUCGGUGGGUUAUCAAGAGUUCAACCUGAGUCGGAGGCUUUCUUGCAGCAAUCGAGCUCCAAUCCUUCCAUCAGCCAUGCUGAAGUCAAACGCGUGAAACCAGGUCGAAGGUUGCAGAUUGCAUUCAACAACAAGGAGAACGAUCAUCAACUAGAGCAAAGCCAAGAAGAAGUGGUGUAUUGUGAGAUGGAUUUGAUUGCAGACUUCCCCAUGGGUCUCGUUGGAGAAGCUGCCCUUCUACUACAGCGGGCCAUUCAAAUUGUUCUCAAUCUUCGUGAAUACGCAGUUCAACUGCUUCCUGGCUUCUCUUCCCGUCCUGAUACUGUCUCCAAUAUUUUUGAAUUUUCAUUUGCAGUUUUGCCCCCGAAGGGAGGCAGCGAAGAUAUCGCCUACAUGCUGCGAAAGGCCUCAGAAUCAGCCAUCCUUGUAAAAUUCAAAGAGCUGGUCUUGUCAAGCCAGGCAAUGAAAGAUCAAGUGCAAGUCAGCGAUGGCUGGCUCUUGGUCAUGCCAAUUCCGGAAGUGAAAGAGGAGACAGUUAGAAGGCCUGUUUCUUUUGAAACGUGGACUUCAACGCCAGAGCCCCUGCCUUACAUCCCACGAAUCACAACUACUGAAGCCCACACAAAUCCUCAGGACUGCGCCACCAUUACGUCUCCUUGUGAAUGCGCUGGGGUUUCUGCAUGUGAAUGGGCCAAGAUCAAUGAUCAAUACCGCUGUCAGCGGGGCAAUGGUCGUGUUCCUUGUACUGCAUGUGACUCGCAGCAGGAAUGCCAAGCUCUGACAUGUGGUGGACUGACAUCGGCCUGCCUGUGUGCAUUCUCGCCCUUGAAGUGCCAUUGGGACUCUACGAAAGGCUCAUGCUUCGAGGGAGAUGGUACAACCAGAUGCAGUGCAUGUGCAAGACAGUCGCAUUGUCGACCACCUGAGAUUGUGUCCUUUGUUCCAGCGGCUGGGACGCAGCUGACCCUGCCCCAACACAAAGACCUGCAGAUUGACUUUGAUCGAACUGUCACUGUCAAAGAGACAGGAACGACUUCCUUCACCUGCAGUGAGCAGCCCUUGCCCUUUUACGUACCAUGGAGCGACAUUCAACUCAGUCUAACAGGAAAAGGAAUACGGAUCAGCAUCUCCGUAUUGUUGAAAAGCAACUUUAAAAGUACACGUGAAUGCACUUUGGAGAUUGGUUAUGGGGUUGUUGUAGACAAUGAUGACGUGCCCUUCACGGGUUUGGAGAAAGGUCUCUAUAGUUUUUCACUUGGAGAUACAGUUCAGCCCAAUGUCAGAUCCUACACACCGCCGAAUGGCGCAUCAGAUGUCGUACCUGGAAGCUCUGUGACAUUUGCCUUCGACGAGGACAUAAAAGUUGUUUCUCAAAAGGGUGUCAUUGUACUUUACGAAACCAGUGAUGAUAGCUCUGCCUCUUUGUUUGAAGGGGCGGUGGCGUCAUUUCAGAUGUCAUCGCCGACCGUAGCGGUGAAGGACCGUGAGAUAAUUGUGGACUUGUCUCAAUUGACCAAGGGAGAUUUUGAGUAUUCCCUGGGUUUGCCAAACGACGCCAUUGCUGACACUUCUGGCAACUUAUUUCCUGGUAUACCAGCAGGUUUCUACACCUUUCGAACCAGGAGUACGCACGUAAUUGAGAGUGGUGUACUACCAGGAUUUGAAGAAAACUAUCCUUUGAUUUUGGCAGGUGGAGGUGGCCUACUAGUUGCUUUGGGGGCCUUGAUCACGUGGCGACUAUGCCGCUUGAAAAGCCAUGCUAAAGCCAGAAGCAUCUACCCUGAGACAUUGCCAUCGCAUGAGAAGGAACAUUUGGAUUUUGACGGAUCUGGGACAACUUUGAGCUUCGAUCAGACAGAAGCAGACAACUCAUCGACGCGUGAUUCUAGUGGUCGAAAUUGGGCUCAAAAGGUCAGAUCAGCAGAAAGUCCCAAAGCGCAGUGGCAGAGUGCCUAUGUCAAGGCAUCUAUUGCCAAGAAUGGCCUUGCUGGUUACAUGUUGGUGGAGCUCGAACAGCAUUGUUUAAUUGGCUAUUCGCCAAGUCACAAGGAGGGUCUGAAAUGGUGUGGCAUAACUUGGGAUGAGGGCCCAGACAUUGGUGGUGAGCAUGGACCCUAUCGCCAGUCCGAGCGCAUCGAGGCUGGAAUUUACAAAGAGCAGUUGGAGAAGUUGAUGGCGAAUGGGCAUGCCUACAGAUGCUUCCUAUCUCCUGAGGAACUGGACGAGAUGAGGGCUGAAGCUGAGCGGAAUGACCAGGCCUUCUUUCUGCAGAGCCCAUGGGCCAAUGCAUCUGAUGAGGAGGUCCAGGCCAUGAUCGACCAGGGCAAGCCGUAUGUCUACAGAUUCAGGGUGCCCUUCGACAGGGAGAUUGUGGUUGAUGACUUGGUCCUUGGAGAGGUCAUCUGGAAUUCAGACGACCUCGGUGGUGACUUUGUCAUCGUUCGUCAGAAUGGCAUGCCGAUGUACAACUUUGGCGUUGUGGUGGACGAUGCCUUCAUGGGCAUUUCGCACGUGCUCAGAGCUCAGGAGCACCUCAUGAACACACCUCGUCAAAUCCUGAUGUAUGAAGCCUUGGAUCUGAAGGUCCCAACCUUCGGGCACAUGCCCCUGAUUUUGGCUCCGGAUCGAACAAAGCUGUCGAAACGACAUGGGGCUGUCUCCGUCGGUGAGUAUCAGAACCGUGGUUACUUGGCAUCGGGCAUGGUCAACUACUUAUCCCAGCUUGGAUGGAAUGAUGGGACCAAGCAGGAAAUCUACACCACCGACGAGUUGCUUGGCGCCUUCAAGAUGGAUCGCAUGAGCAAGGUGGCCGCAAUCUUUGACACCGACAAGUUCAAGUGGGUGAAUGGACAUCAUGUCAGAAGAUUGAGUGAUGAGGAGGCUCUUCAGCUCAUUGGCUCACAAUUGAAGGAGCAUGGGCUUGUGAAAGAGGUCUCUGGAGACUUUGUCAAGAAAGCCUCCCAACUGCUGCGAGAGAGAAUUAGCACUCUGACGGAAGCUGUUGAGGAGUUGCGAGCAAUGCUGCACUUCGAUCUGGAGGAAAUGCUGACUCAAGACGUGGCUCAGCCAUAUAUCGAAGACGGUUCCCUGCAAGAGACAGCAAAACUGCUUCUGGAUGCACAGGAGGAAGGACGAUUCGAUUCCAUUGGGUCAGAUCCCGAGGCAAUGAAGAAUGUAGUGAAGCAGAUCAAGAAGGCAAGAGGAGAUGUGAAAAAGAAGGCUCUCCUUGUCCCUUUGCGUCUUUGCUUGACUUCCAAAUCCUCGGGUCCAGACAUGACUGUUUUUUUCGAGAUGUUGAAGGAAGUGGACGACAACGUUCUUUGCGAAUGUGUAUCCUUGGAAAAGAGACUGCAAAUGCUGAAGGAGAAGUUUUUAGAGCAGCCGGUGCAUGCCAGCUGA